AGCGGAAGGGGACGCUCCGGCAAGUUGUUACGGUGCCUUGACUGGUCUGGGCCAACUUGAUUUUGGUUGGCUAAUAAUAAUAUUCUAAAUAAAUAGAUAAUAAAGCCUUAGUCAAAUAACAAGGGAAUGGUAUCAAGAGAUCGAUAAUCCUUGCUAACAUUACUAAAUAUCUUUAAAUAUGAAGGUCAGCAUUAUGAAAACAUUACCUUCUGUUUAUGAGAUUCUGAUCAUAUAAAACAUUACACGGCAGGACGAGGCCAAGGUACAGCUUCAGUUGCCAUGGUGUAAUGAUGUUGCACAAAACACACUGUGAUGGCAAACGAGCAGGAGUGUGUUGGGUGCGUGUGGCGGCUGUGUUGUGGGCUACAUGUUGUGUUCCUUACUCUGGUGUUGUCUGCCUGGACCUCCUCCACCAACACCACAGAUCGCUCCGUCCGCCAAGCCUCGUUAUCACAAGACAUUCUGGCUCGCUAUCCCGGUCAGGAUGACUAUAUCAGUCCUACACGGAUGGUGGUCGUGGCUGAAGGAGGUGUGGCUGACCUCCCUUGUGACCUGACCUCUACGCUGGCUUCUGACCCCGCCCUCCUCGCCCUAUGGUACAAGCAAGGGGUCACUAAACCCAUCUACAGCUACGACGUCAGGGAAGGUCCGGCUGCCCACUGGAGGAACUCACACUACCUGGGAGCGCGGGCUGUCUUCUACGCCCCCACGCACGCCCUCCACGCCCCCACGCACGCCCUCCACGCCUCCACGCACGCCUUCAAUGCCCCUACGAACGCCUACGCCUCCUAUCUCAGAAUCCAGGGGGUGCUCGGUCGAGAUCAAGGCUCAUAUACCUGCAAAGUUCACUUUCGAGCCAGUCCGACACUCACGUUCACCACCAACCUCACUGUCGUGGUACAGCCAAGAAACAUAGGCAUUUACACCGAAGGAGGCCUGAGGUUAGGCGCAAUGACGGGUCCUCACGCAGAAGGAGACACCCUCCGGAUCAUCUGUCGCGUCACUGGGGGCUCCCCUGCCCCUGUGGUCACCUGGAGGGAGGGGCCAAGGAUCCUGGACCUGACGUCGGAGAUACGUGAGGCAGAUGACGUGAGGAGCAUGUUGGUGGUCACGGCCCUCGCCAGGGCGGACCUACGGAGGGAGUUCACAUGCCAAGCCCUUAAUUCCAACCUGACGCAGCCUCUCAGCGUCUCAGUCACCCUCGAUAUGCAUUUGCCACCAUUGUGGGUGCGUCUCUUGAGUAGCAGAGAGCCACUGAGUGCCGGAUGGCCAUAUUGCCUGGUGUGCCAAGCAGUCGGUGCUAGGCCUUCCCCUGUCUUCACCUGGCACUUGGGCACCUCGGAACUUACUUCACAUACUCAACAGGCUACUGACGACGACAACGUGACUUUGAGUGAACUACGGUGGACCCCGCGCCAGGAGGACGACGGGAAGGUGCUCUCCUGCCAGGCUGUCUCCCCAUCGCUGCCCCCUCACGUCCUGGCCGAUGACUGGACCAUUGAUAUAUAUUACGUGCCUGUCGCGAGGCUGGAGCCUGGUAGAUCCGUAAACCUAGGAGACAUUAAGGAAGGGGACGAUGUCUACUUCGAGUGCUCCAUCACCUCGAACCCGAGAGUCUAUAAGGUCAUCUGGAUCCACGAGGGCCAGGAGCUGCACCACAACGUGUCUGCGGGCGUCAUCGUCAGCAACCAGAGUCUGGUGAUGCAGAGAGUUGGGAGGGCAGCAUCCGGGCAGUACUCCUGCGUCGCCUCCAACAUUCAGGGUGACGGCUACUCCAACCCGCAGCUCCUCAGAGUCAAGUACUCGCCUGUGUGUCGCCAGAGGCAGAUGGUCUACCUGGGGGCCGCCAGGUACGAACAGGUUAGUGUGACCUGUGACCUGGACGCCUUUCCAGCGCCUCUAGACUUCCGCUGGACCUUCAACAACAGCGGCGAGAGCGCUGAUGUGCCUCAGGAGCACAUCAUCUCCAGAGGGUGGCGAUCAACCGUGGUGUACACCCCAAACACAGAGCUCGACUACGGCACUUUGCUCUGCUGGGGACUUAACUCCGUCGGUCUUCAACGUCACCCCUGCGUCUUCCACACCUUCCCUGCCGAUCACCCUGACCCCGUCCACAACUGCACGGUACACAAUGUGUCCAAGACGACCGUCGACGUUGGAUGUGUAGCCGGAUUUGACGGUGGUCUUCCCCAGAGCUUUUUCAUGGAACUGUACGAGGCCGGCCAAGGCCGUCUUUUGGCCAACAUCACCAACAAGGUGCCGGUGUUCACCGUAGAGGGCCUGGAGGCGGGGCUGGCCCUGGAGGGCGUGGUGUACGCCUAUAACAACAAGGGCCGAGGAGAGGAGGUGGCACUCUCGGCCCACACUCUCGUUCACAUCCCCGAGAGACGCACAGCGGCGGUAAAGCCCCUGCCGGAGCCAAGUGUUCCAGACGACGUCCAGCUCUUCCCCACCACGACGACGGCCGUGUUGGUGAGCGUGUCGUGGGGCGCUCUGCUCCUCGUCGUCUUCCUCUGCGUCGUCGUCAGACUUCGCGGGCGUGCGGGCGUGGUGGGUGAGCCACCGGUGGACGGCCUCUCUAAGAUCAACGAGGCUGCGUUCAAGGACCCCAACCCUGCCCCAGAUUCCUGCAGAAUCCACGAUGAGAAUCCCGAUGUUAUUCCUCAGUCAGAGACGCAGGCUUGGCACGAGAGGAGAGUUAAGACCAUUACCUCCGCUGCCUCGCUUCUUGAUGCCUACCAAGCUCUCCACAGCUACCAGCCAGCUGGUAGUGGGGGUGGUGGCGCGUUGUUGCAGAAGGGCGUAGUUGCAUCGUCGUACAAGCUGAACAACCUCAGUCAACAGUACCACUCCGUUGCACCUGUAAGCCAUUCCACUGCACCUGUAAGCCACUCCGCUGCACUUGUAAGCCACGCCGCUGCACCUGUAAGCCACAGAGCUACUCACAGCCACCACGCCCGCGACCUAGUCUCCUCUAAGACACCUGUUGGCUCCAGCACAGAGGUUGUGGGUGCACCUGCUAGACGUCCACAGGAACUAUACCGACAAGCCGUCCCCUUCAGGUCUCCUGCAGAAGCGGGCGGGCAAGAAUGUUCCCCCUACAUGCUCUCUUCAAAAUCAAAACGGCAAGAACAAGCCACGUUGACCAAAUUUUCAGCAGCAAAAGGGCAAGAUCACUUACUAUUGACAUCCUCUUCAGCUGCAAGAGCCUUAGAGCGUGAUGCAUUGCUGUCCUCUGCAACGAAAGAGCAAGAACACGACUCACUGAUGUUUCCUUCAGCAGCAAAAGAGCGCGAGCUCCACACGUUGAUGUCCUCUUCAGCAGUGAAGGGGCAAAGACACUCCUUGUUGAUGCCCUACUCUACAGCAGGCGAGGGCCCUACUCUAAGGUGUGAAGGCCACCCUCGAGAGCUGGACACAUGCUCCCCCCUCAUCACAGGACAGAAGGAGAGCUCCGUUUGAGAAACAAAACGAAAAAAGGAUUUAUAACCCACAGAAAUUGUGUCGAUUCAGUGAUACUUUAGAAAAUGUCGAUUAAAAUUUGCGUUACAUUGUAGCACUUUUGUGAAGAGUUUACUGAAUAUUUUAGUUGCAGUGAAGCUUUUUGUUUAUAAAUAUUUCCUGCAGUGAGAAAAGUUUUUGGGUAGCAAGUUCAAAACUGAAAUGACUUCACUGCUGUCAAAUAAAUUUACUUACUUUCAUAAACAUAAAGUAGGUCUAUUGCUUUUUUAUUGAUACUGUAUUUUGUCCUAAUAGAACGAAGUUGGAUUCGUCCUAUUAGAAUUUAGAAUUUAGGUUUAUUUACAGAAACACCACGUGAGAGAGAUAAACGCUUUGAUUAUAAAAUGGUUUUCACAGUGAGAAUACCGGAGAGUUCAACACAGGAAACAUUGAUGACUUAUUUUCCUUUCGACAAUACAGUUUUAAUGCUGGCUUCCAGGACAGACCAGGGCGGCAAAAUGGACUCACAGCCUAGUGGACCAAACUCUCACAAGUCAAGCCUGGCCUCGAGCCGGGCUUGGGGAGUAGAAGAACUCCCAGAACCCCAUCAAGCAGGUAUCAAGCAGGUAACAACCACAGUGAGCUGUCAGGCGAAUAUGUGAGCUUCCUCCACAGUCUACCUAGUGUCUUCUACUUGGAACUGUCGGAAGAGCUACGCCCUCGCUUCUUGCAAGGUCGGUGUUCGAUCCCCGAGGGUUCAAUUGGAUGGACACUGUUCCUACACUCUGUGCUUCCAGGCCCAUUUCCUCGUCCUGUCCUUGCCAUGUGUUGGCUACUGUGUUGACUACUGAGAUGGCUACUGUGUUGAUUAUUGUGUUGACUACUGUGUUGGCUAUGGUGUUGGCUACUGUAGUGAUUAAAGUGUUGAUUACCGUGUUGACAACUGAGUUGGCUACUGUGUUGAGUUUUGGGGUGAUUCUGUGUUGAGUACUGUGUUGACUACUUUGACGACUGCGGUGUUGAGAAAUGUGUUGACUACUGUAAUGACUACUGUGUUGACUACUGAGUUGACAACUGUGAUAACUACCAAGUUGACUACUAUGAUGACUAAUGAGAUGACUACUGUGUUGACUACAUUCUGACUACAACAGUCAACUAUAAUCUUCUAAUCAUUUCCAAUAUAUUAAAUAAUAUAAUUCUUAAAAUAAUUUCAAGUCCUGACAGUGUGUUAAAACUGAUACAGAAGAUUAAUAGAGUAAAUUAUUAUUAUUAUUAUUAUUAUUAUUAUUAUAAAUACACUCAUAUAUCAAAAAUGUAAACACAAUACUCCUUAAAUCAAACGUUUAAACAUGAAUUGGACUUUUAGGUUUGAAAUUAAAA